AUGUCAAUGUCCUCUGAAGAUGAGCAGAGCGGUGUCCUAGUUGAUAACAGAGAUAACAGAUUGUGCCAUCCUCUUCCUGAUCAGUCUAUAUUUUUUUUUUCAGUGGAGCAGUUAAAAUUAGGGUUCCAACGUCUAACUGAAAAUGCAUUUCCUCCACAACGGAGUUCAGCUUCAGCUGCAGGCUUUGACUUAAGAAGUGCAUAUGAUUAUAUAGUACCGAAAUUUGAGAGACAAUUAGUUAAGACAGAUUUAGCAAUUAAAUUACCAGAUAAUUGUUAUGGUAGAAUAGCACCUAGGUCUGGGUUAGCUCUUCAUAAUUUUAUUGAUGUUGGAGCAGGUGUAGUUGAUAGAGACUAUACAGGAAAUGUGUGUGUUCUUCUAUUUAACCACUCUAAUAAAGACUUUGUUAUUAAAAAAGGAGAUAGAAUAGCACAGCUUAUUUGUGAAGUAGUAUUAUAUCCAGACUUAUAUGAGAUUGCAAACGUAGGAGAGACUGUGAGGGGAUCAAAUGGGUUUGGGUCUAGCGGUUUACAGUAACAAUCAUUUUAAAAUCAUGUAUACUUUAUAAAAAUAUAUUAUUCUAAUCAACAUUUUUAAAAGUUUAACAGAUGAACUAAUUC